AUGGGAUACCACUUAAACAAGACUAGAAAAUCUGGAAAGAGAAAACUCUCAUCUGAAUCCUCAACCUCCACUGACUAUUCCUCUGCCACAUCAUCGUCACCAUCCUCUGAUGAAUUUGAGUUCUCAAAACGGCACAAACGCACCCAAAAACGACGGCAUGGUAAAGAUCGGGAUGAAGGGCGUAAAAACAAGAAACCACGAAGAGAUCAUAAAGAGAAGAAGAAAAAGCAUACUAAAGAAACUAGAAAGGAGAAAAGAAGAGAGAAAAAGAAAAGAAGGUAUGAGUCAGACGACCAAAGUGGGUCUGGAUCGGAGGAUUUGGAGCCCAAGAGACCCCGAGAGGCUCCACACGUUGUGGCUAAGUAUAUAUUAAAUGAGUUUUCAGGUGUUGCUGGGGACUUAGAACAGCUUUUGCGAAUGAUUGAUGACGGACAAGCUGUUGAUAUAAGCGGAUUAUCUGAAAGGUCAUUGAUCAAGCAUCUGAGAAAGCUGUUUAUUUCUUUAAACCUUAAAGAAAGUGGUGAUCAUAUUUUUCUGCUUCCACCAAAUGUGGGCCCAACAUUGGAGGUUGUUGGACCAAUUAUCCACUCCCAUGCCCAACCUCAAAAGCAGCCGCUUGAUCAUCCUGUAUCACAGACAGAGGACUCUGUGAGGGAAGAUUCAGAAUGCAGAAAUAUGACUGAAAAUGAUUUGAAUGAUACGAAGGAAGAUUCUGUUGGUCCACGAAGUAGGAUAAUUGGACCUGAAAUGCCGUCAGCUGAGUUGCUUGCUGUAGCAGCUAAAUUAACUGAAGCAGAAGCUGAAUUGAGAGAGGCCGAGUUGAUUGAAGACACGAAAUUAUUUAUAGGACCUCCACCUCCUGCUGUGGUCACCGAAGCUGAGUCUGCAAAUGAGGCAGAGCGUUUUGAAGAGAUUACAAGAAUUAUGGGCGCUGAGGAUGAUAGUCCGUACGAUAUUCUGGGUGUCAACAAAAAUAUGUCAGCUGAGAACAUAAAGAAAAGGUACUGGAAGUUGUCUCUUAUGGUGCACCCUGACAAAUGUUCUCACCCACAAGCUCAUCAAGCAUUCGUUAAAUUGAACAAAGCUUUUAAAGAUUUGCAAGAUCCAGAUAAGAGAAAAGCGCUGGAUGAUAAAAUAACGCUCAAGGAGGAACAAGAGGAAUUUAAGGCAGAAUUGAAAUCCAUGCGUGAGGCUGCACAAUGGAGACGUUUGCAAGGUAUAUCCAUGGAGGGUGAUGACAUACUCUUGGCCGAGAUGGAUGUUAAAGUUGAGCCGAAAAGAGAAGAAUGGAUGACAACAUUACCACCUGAAAGAAAACCUGGUAUGACCAUGCAGUCGACAAAGUUUAGCAAGAGCUCGAAAGAAGGACGAGGUGAUACAAGUGCCUGGACGGAUACUCCUUCAGAAAAGGCUCAGAAAGCAAAAUUGAAUUACUUGGAAGCCUACAAUGAGGCUACUGCAAUUGCUUCGAAGGAGCAUGAAAAGAAAGCAGCUAAUACCGAUGCAGAAUUGGUGGACCAGUAUAAUAAAGCGAAACGAUCAAAGUCAUUGGUUGAAAAGCACAAAGAAUCAGCCAGGAGUAGUUCAAAGAAAAAGUCGAAGCAGGAGCCAGUGAAAGAGGACUGGGUGGGAAAUCAUCCAUGGAAACCUUGGGAUCGGGAAAAUGAUUUGACUGCGGGAAGGCAAAAGGUUAAAUUAGAUGCUGAAAACAUGGCCGCGGGCCUGACUUCCAGAUUUGCCUCGGGAUCUUUCCAAAGAAACUUCCUCUAG